AUGACGCCGUCGCGGACCUCCUCCUCAAGUACCCUCCGCCCUGCUGCACGAGAUUCGGACACCGGAUCCAUCCGCCCACGCAAUCGCCGCUAUCUCAGCACCCAGGACGAUGCCGGCUCGUCUUCGGCUCUAUCGAGUCCCAGCCGGAGCCCGAGUCGGGGCGCCUCGCCCAUCCCGGCGGCCCACAUCGGUUCAGUCACGGGGAGGAACAAUCCCAAAACCGACGUCGUGCGGGGCACGUCGCGAAGAGAGAGCCCGAGCACCGGCGGUGGGCUUCUUGGAGGAUCAUGGACGCCAAGCUGGGCCUCGGUCCAGGAGCUGGCGUCGUCGCUGCUUACGAGCGGGGCCUCGGCCAUUACCGGGGAAUCCAAUCGUCCGCGCGGCGGAGAGGGAAGCCGGGCAGCAGGCAAGCAGGGUAGACAAGCCGGCCAGCGGAACGGCACUAGAGAUAAGACAUGGGGCCCAGAACCGCCAGACCAGGGGCGUCCAUGCGCCGACGACAUUGCCGCCGGAUCGCGUGCGGAGAGGGAGGCUGCCUUGAGAGUUUUGCGGACUGCAAGCGUGCUUGAGAGCCAUGACGGUGUCAACGGAGGCUUGGACACCGCAAGACGGUUCAAGCGGCGGAAUUCGGACGAGGAUCUGAGGAGCGCGUCGGCGAACCAGGAAGCAGAAGAGUACUUGGCCUACAUUCACCACGUACAGGCGACAGAUACGUACGCAGGCAUCGUGCUAAAGUACAGGUGCCGGGAGGACGCCUUCCGGAAGGCUAACGGACUGUGGUCGCGGGAUAACGUCCAAGUGCGAAAGUGGUUGGCGAUACCGGUGGACGCCUGCGAGGUCAGGGGCCGGCCUUGCGAUCCACCAACGAGCCAGUCGUCGCGAGUCGACCUGCUGUCUCGAACCCCUGAUGCGGCCGACCCCUUCGGCCGCGACGGCAGCCAGCAAACGCACGACGACUUCUUUUCGACCACCUCUCCAAACGGCCACGCGCCGGAAAGAAACCAAGCCGGCGACGAGGAGAAGCCAUGGACGCAUGUCAGAUGGGUGUCCAUCGACUCGCACCCGCAUCCCGUCGAAGUCGCCCGGGUGCCGCGAAAGGCGCUGGGCUACUUCCCCCCGCGGCGGAAGAAGAGCGCACACACGAUGUCGGCCAUCUCGACCCCGCGAGCGUCCACCGACCUGCCGAGCGUGGCGGUGUCGGACUCGGCGGUGGGGAGCCCCCACAGUAGCUCCUCGCGCCGACCCAGCCUCCCGGGCUCCCGAAACCCCUCCUCCUCCUCCUCCUCCGCCACCACCACCACCACAACAUCCCCGAGCCGAACCCGCGUGGACAGCACCGGCAGCCGCGCCAGCACGACCGGCGACGGCACCGACCCCCGACCCGCCUGGAUGCGCCGCCCGGGCGGGGUCGGCUCCCUCGGCCGGAACGUGCGCGCCCCGGGGCCGGCCAAGGACUAUCUCAACAGCUGGACCAGCAAGCACCUCCCGGGCCUCAACAUCGACUCGCUCCCGUCCAUGUCCGUCAUGGGCUCCGAGAUGGCCCGCUUCGGCUUCGGCCGCCCGGCCGACGACGCCUCCCCGGCCGGGGUCGCCAUCGUCGAGAGCCCGUUCGAGGACGGCCGGGACGCCGCGGCCGCGGCCGCGUCGGCGACCGGCGGCCAGCAGGGGACGGGGCUCGACAAGGCCGCCGCGGCGGUCGAGACGUGGCUCCGGGGCGCGUUCGAGCGCGCCAGGCAGGGCCCGCUCACGCCCGUCUUGGGCCCCAGCCGGGGGAGGACGGCCGCCGCCGGCGGGGAUCUGAUCGAGCUGGCGGACACGGGGACCGAGGAUGGGCGGCAGCAGAGCAGCGAGGGGCCCCUCUCCGAACUGAGGGGCCUGUUUAGCGCCCUGCCCGGGGCGGCCUCUAGUGCAGUGCAGUCAAAGCGCAAUGCCACCGCAACCAUGCCCAUCUGCAUAGAGUGUCGACAUCCCGUCAAAACCCUCUGGCGCGAGGGCGGCGGCGACAAGUCGGGCGGCCACAACAUUCGCCUGACGGUAUGCAAGAACUGCGGGCGAUUCUGCGACAAAUAUGUCGAGCACGACUUUGUCGUCUUGUUUAUCGAUCUAGUCUUGAUUAAGCCACAGGUGUAUCGACACUUGCUGCAUAACACACUGAUGAAGGAGGAAGACAAGUUCGCGCCCUCCAUCAUCCGCCUCGGCAUCCUCCUCCUACUCUUCGACGUCUACCUCACCUGGGCUCGCAUCGAACGCCAGUCCGUUCCCGAUGCCGACUCGCCCGACGGAACCGCCAGCCGCGGCAACUUUGGACGCCUCGCCCAGCAGCCCAUAGUAUUUCAAUACAUGUUCUUCCUCCUCCUCUGCACGCUCUCAACCAUCGCCUUCCACGGGUCCAUCCGCUUCCUCACCUCUUCCCGCUACUCGCCGCUCGCCUUGCUGGGGAUCCUGCCGCGCUACUCGCGGCCCAACUCGGUCUCGACCGCCCUGCUCGUCUCGUCGUCCACCAAGCUGUUCCCCAUCCUGAUGGUCAUCUGGGAGUACGACGUGCCGGCGGCGGCGCGGUCGCUGGGCUGGGCCGUCGUGGCCAACAACGUCGAGGCGCUCAAGAUACUCCUCGACUGCGGGUACGGCGUGGCCGCGUUGCUGGCCAUGGCGGGCGCCGUGAGCCGGUGGGCGAUGGGCAGGGCCGUGCUGUGGGCCGCGGGGCUCGAAGGAGUCGACUCGGCCGGCGAAUCCGGGGUGGCCGAGGACGGGCGGGCGUUUGUGGCUAUGCUCAUGUAUGUGAAGGAAUGGGCGGGAAGGUUAGCUGUGGGUUAG